GGGGCCUCGGGGGGGAUGCGCGAGCCGCCAUUUUCCUGUCACCUGGCGCCUCGCCGGCACUACAGUUCCCGGCAUGCACAGCGCUCACGGCAGGAUCUGCCGCUUCCGCCGUGCUUUCACGUCGUCACCCGAAAUUUGAAAGGAGGUCCCAUGGUGCCCCGCGGGCGCCCGCUGAUUGGUCGGGAGGCAGCGCCGCGCGGUUCGAAGGUGGCGGCGGCAGCGGCAGGCGCUCGCAGGCGUUGGGCUGGUUCCGAGUCUCGGCUUCAGCUUGAGCCGCGCCCGUGCAGCGCGGCCGGUGUCUCUACCGUCGUCCUCGGCUCCCUCGCGUCCGAGUGCGCCAUGGCCUCCCUCAGCUUCCAGAGUGGCGGCGGCUCGAAGAAGGAGAAGGAGGAGAAGGGCAAGAACAUCCAGGUGGUGGUGCGCUGCAGGCCUUUUAAUGCCUCGGAACGUAAAGCAAACUCCUAUGCUGUUGUAGACUGUGAUCAAGCACGAAAAGAAGUCAGCAUCCGCACUGGAGGAGUCACAGACAAGAUGUUAAAAAAGACUUACACAUUUGAUAUGGUUUUUGGAGCUCAGGCAAAGCAGAUUGACGUAUACCGGAGUGUUGUGUGUCCUAUUUUGGAUGAAGUUAUUAUGGGCUAUAACUGUACAGUGUUUGCCUAUGGCCAAACUGGUACUGGUAAGACUUUCACAAUGGAAGGGGAACGGUCCCCCAACGAGGAGUACACUUGGGAAGAGGAUCCAUUAGCAGGUAUAAUACCUCGUACAUUGCAUCAAAUAUUUGAAAAACUCACAGAGAAUGGCACUGAAUUUUCAGUGAAAGUCUCUCUUUUGGAAAUAUAUAAUGAGGAGCUUUUUGAUCUUCUGAAUCCUGCUCCUGAUGUUGGAGAAAGACUGCAGAUGUUUGAUGACCCCCGAAAUAAGAGAGGUGUAAUUAUUAAAGGCUUAGAGGAGGUAACUGUACACAACAAAAAUGAAGUCUAUCAGAUCCUGGAAAGGGGUGCAGCAAAGAGAACAACUGCAGCUACUUACAUGAAUGCAUAUUCCAGCCGUUCCCACUCCGUAUUUUCAAUUACCAUCCAUAUGAAAGAAACCACAGUAGAUGGAGAAGAACUUGUUAAAAUUGGGAAGCUAAACUUGGUUGAUCUUGCAGGAAGUGAGAACAUUGGUCGAUCUGGGGCAGUUGACAAAAGAGCUCGUGAAGCUGGAAAUAUCAAUCAGUCUCUCCUGACUCUGGGAAGAGUUAUUUCUGCUCUAGUAGAAAGAGCCCCACAUGUGCCAUACAGGGAAUCUAAACUCACAAGAAUCCUUCAAGAUUCUCUUGGAGGACGAACAAAAACAUCAAUAAUUGCCACAGUUUCUCCUGCAUCUAUAAAUCUUGAGGAAACACUGAGUACACUAGAAUAUGCCCACAGGGCAAAGAACAUAUUGAACAAGCCUGAAGUUAACCAGAAACUGACCAAAAAAGCUCUUAUUAAGGAAUAUACUGAAGAGAUUGAGCGUCUGAAACGAGACCUUGCUGCUACACGUGAGAAAAAUGGCGUCUAUAUUUCCCUUGAAAAUUUUGAAGCCCUUAAUGGAAAGCUGACGGUUCAGGAAGAACAAAUUGCAGAGUAUAUUGACAAAAUCACUGUCAUGGAGGAAGAGAUGAAAAGAGUGACUGAACUGUUCACAGUUAAUAAAAACGAACUUGAGCAGUGUAAAACAGAUCUAGAAAUCAAGGAGAAGGAACUGGAAGAAACACAGAAAGAUCUGCAAGAAACCAAAGUUCAUCUGGCUGAAGAAGAAUAUGUGGUUUCCGUUUUGGAAGAUGCUGAACAAAAACUUCAUGGCACAGCUAGCAAGUUGCUUAAUACAGUUGAAGAAACCACAAAAGAUGUAUCUGGUCUCCACGCAAAACUGGACCGUAAGAAGGCUGUUGAUCAGCACAAUGCUGUUGUCCAAAAUACGUUUGCACAACAAAUGACUGAUUUGUUCAACAGAAUACGAGAUUCAGUUACUGAGAACAGUGUGAAGCAGCAACAGAUGUUGAUGUCUUACACGCAUUUUAUAGGUGACAUCUUGUCUACCAGUUCUUCGGCAGCUAAUAUUCUUACAUCAGUUGUAUCAGCAUCCUUUGCCUCUCUUAAGGAAUUGGUGUCUACGGAAGUUUCUUGCAUGUCUGAAAAAGUAUUACAACAUGAGAAUCUGUCACUUGAUCAUAAAGCUGAGCUACUGAGAUUAAUUGAGGAGCAUGCGUCAGGAUUAGGAAGCGCAUUAAAUAGCUUGACACCAAUGGUAGAAUUUGUCCUGGGCCUAAACUGUCAAUUUCAGACUAACGUGAAAAAAUAUUCAGCUGUGGCUGAUAAGCUGGAAAGUCAUAAAAAAGAAAUGGAUACCUUCUUUGAAGAUCUUUCUCUCACUCUGAAAAAAUUACAGGAAGAAACAGCUAAUGUUCUUGCUCAGCUUCAGAACGAUUGUGAAAAUUUAAGAGAAGAAGUGGAAAUGACAAGACUAGCACAUACAAAGAGUGCAGCUGAGUUAAUGUCCUCACUACAAAGACAGCUUGACCUGUUUGCUCAAGAGACUCAGAAGAACUUAGCUGAUGUACUGGCAAAAAAUGGAGGCUUGAAGACCACCAUCACUGCUGUGCAAGAAAAUGUUCACCUGAAAACUACCAACCUAGUCAGCAGCACAGCUUCUAAUCACAGCAGAUUUCUUGCAUCUAUGGAUAAUUUUUCUAAGGAGCUCAGGAUUAUAAAUGGUGAAAAUAAGAGGAUGCUGGAAGAUUCCACUGACCACUGUCAGCAGCUUCUCAUCAAUCUCAGAAAUGUGUCUCAGGAUGCUGAUAAAUGUGCUGAACUUACAAUUGCUCAGAUAGCCAGCUUUACCGAUCAGCAGCUAUUGUCCCUCAGGGAUGAGAAACAACAGCUUAUGUGUUUUCAAAAGAAAAACGGAGAAAACUGUGAUAAAGCAAUAGCUGAAAUUGCCGACCAAAUUGGUACUCAAAAAUGUGCUGAGGAGAAGAUACUAAAUGGCCUUCUUGAUCGAAUGAAAGUUGAUCAGGGGGUACUUCUGGAACAGAAGCUGGCACUUAAUGAAGAAGCACAGCAUGGACUGGCUCAGGUUAAUGGUUUCCUGAAAGAAGAUCUUAAAGUGGAUAUUCCAACAGGGACAACUCCACAGAGAAGAGACUACUCUUAUCCAGUCACACUGGUGAAAACAGAACCCAGGGAACUUCUACUGGAACAACUGAGGCAAAAGCAAUUAAUGCUUGAUGCUAUGCUGAACAGUGUGAUACAGGAAGUGGAGGGAAAUACAGAUGAGGACCUGCUGGAAGAGGAGGAAGGGAUGCAAGAAUCCACUGAAAGCCUUGGUGAUGACAAGUACUUAGUGGAUAUAAACAUAAGCUGUCAUGCAAAUGGAGGCAUUCCCUUUUUCCAGCACAAAAGGAGUCACAAAAAAGAUAAAGAGAACAAAGCUGCAGCAAUGUUGGAGAAAAACAAAACUGAAGAUAUGACAGAACAGCUUCUUCCUAAAUCUAAGCUACCCUUAAGAUCACUGAACUAAAAUAUACAUAUAUACUGCAGGUUCUUAUAAAAUACUUUUGGUUAUCUACUGAGCCAUAAGUUCUCCUGGUUGUUCUGUCUCUGUAUAUAGUGAUAUAUUGAUGCGAUAUUGGAUCAAAACUUGACACGAUAUGUCCUGCCUUUGUUCUGUUUUUAUAUACGAUGGCUUGCAAAUAUUAACAUUUUUAUUUAAAAAAAAAAAAAAAAAAAAACAACAACAACAACAACAAAACAAUCUGAAGGUUAUGGUGCUGUAUGUUAAGUGACAUUUUUUAUCUUGUCAAGUAAUAGAUUGCUUUCUGCUUCUCAGUAGAUUUGUAGUAGCAGGAAGGGAUAUGGAAUAAUGCUGUUUUCUUAAUUGUAAAUAUGUGAUCUGUUUCUGUACCUGCCUUACUCUGAUUCCUGUUACUAUGAAGUAGAUAGUUGUCUUCGGGGUACUUUCAAAUAAAUCAGUUGAUGCACAGAGUAUAGAUGUGUAUGCAUAUGUGGUUUCAGUCUUAAACUUGACAACAUAGCUAAAGUAUUAUCUCUGCAAAAUAGAUCCUCUGAACACCAUUCAGAUAAAUGCUGAUAAAGAUCAAUAAUUUUGAUUAUACCCUUGCACUGUGAUUCUCUUGGCUAUAGCACCAGAUGGACUGAUUUUCUGUAUUUCUGUACCACUUCUUACCUGUUAGUUUCUCUUCAUGGGCAAAGCUAAUUGCUUUUCUUUAGCAGCAGAUAGCAGGAGACAAAAGCAUUCCCUUCCAAAUGAGCAAGGCAGCUAUAUGUCCACAACCUCAUUACUUUUUAUUUUUAUUGUCUUAGUACUUAGCUUAUAUACCAGAUCUUUCCAUUAUAUGAGGUUUGAAACCCUAAAAGGGGUUUUGAAAUCCUGUUUUGUCUGUGGAAAUGUCUCCAUUGAAGUGGUUGGUAUGUUGUGAAAUUCUGACAACAGAAACAUCAUGGGCGUAAUUUUCCAAGACUUGGCAUCUAGGUUCUUGUACCACAUUCUUUAAUACUGACAAGAUUUUUGCUAGUGUAAUCUAUCCACUUCCUAACUAAAAGGCACUUCUGCAAGUCUUUCACCCUUAAUUUUCUAUACAGAGUUCACAAGAUCGGUGUGAACAAACAAACUGGAGCAGCCAGUGCCAAGGAAGGAUCACAUCCAUUAAAAUGAUGCCAGAAUCUACACUUAUUUAACCUUUUUGAAACUACCCUUGUCCAUAGCUGUUUGAUUUUCCCUGCUGUGGACACAGAUCGCUUUUCUCAUAUUGAGAACCUUUAACAGAUGUAUGAAUCUCUGGGACUGCUUGCUUUCUCUUUUCAGAGAGAUGUUUUCUUACAUUUGCAACAAUGUUAUGGCAGAUUACUGUUUCUUUCAUUGGGCCUGGUGCCUAGUGGUCACACCAGAAAGAUGAAUGGGAUGAAAAAUUCGGAUACAGAAUCUCUGCUUCCUUGCUCUCUGCUUCCUUGCCAUUGUCUCUUCUCCCACUAGGUGGCUCUAACGCUGAAGUGUUAGUCUAAACCUCCAGCACCGAUUGCUAACCAGGAUUUAGGAGCAGGCAAUUUGCCGAGGCUUUGUUCGGACAUCUGUUACAAGGAUGGGUUUGAAAAACUUAUGAUUUUAUGCUUCUGCUAGAACAAUCCUAUAUUCAAACCGGGGUGAGGGCUUGUUUAUUGAAGGAGCUGCGCUUAAGAGAGAUAUUCAGACCUGUGGCUUGAGCUUUCGUGCAGGAUCAAUAGAUGCUUGUAGUAAUUAAAUACUCUCUGAGAUCUCUGUUGCAUGGGCAUUCCCUAAAGUAGAAAGCAAAACCUACUUGUUUAGCUGUAAGAAACACCUCUUCCUUAACUUUGCUUACGCAGGGCUAACUGGAUGCACAGGUUUAACCCAAAGAGAGGAAAUUGGUGUGAUGUAGGGUAGUUUACAGAAUGGUAUCAAUUUUGCUUGUUAGAAAGUAUCGUUCAUAAGAAGCGUGGAAGCUGUUUCCACAGAACAAGUAGCAAGGUCAUACCCUGACUGAGUUGUGCUGAGGUGGAGGUGGAGUUGUGGUGUGACUGGGAUUGUACAGCCAUGUUCUAAUUAACCAGGAGAUUUUUCCGUCUGAUUCCAGCUUAGCAGCCAGGUGGGGCAACUCUCAAAUUAACAUAAAAAAGAAAAGAAAAGAAAAGAAAAAAACAGCUAGCAAAUAUGUACGAUGAAUGGUAAAAUGAACAGGGGAAAAAGAAGAGCUUAAGCACGUGUAGUAUGGUAGGAUGUGGAGAGACUGGUAAGACAACAGGAAACAAUAAUCAGAGCCACCAGCUUUCUUUUCAGUUAAAAGGGAGUAAUGAAGAGACAGUGAAAGAAAGGAAGUUUUCUGCUUCCGAGUUGACAGCUGUUGUAUCAGAAGCCGUUGUGUGGGACUAGAGAGGAAUGAGAAGCUACCUUUCUUUGUUCUGUUAGACAUCAGUUGCCCUAUAACCAUAUGUUAAAUGAGUGGAGGAAAUGAGAGCCUAGAACUCUUCAGGUGAUAAAAGAAAAUUUAAAUGUAGAAGGAGAUGGAAAAAUAUAAAAAGGCUAAAAUUCCUUUUCCAUCUUAAAGCAUCUGAAGGGGAAAAAAUGAGCUCUAAUCUUUUAGAACAUUAAAAAUGGGGAAAAAAUAUAUAGUUGCUAAAUAUAUACUUCUUAAAUGACUGUUUAUAUCCUUUUGACUCCUAUUUUUUCUUUCCUUGUUAGAAACUACUUUUUAUGGUAGAGGACUAUGCUCUAUAAGCUACCCGCCCACACACAUGGUAGCUUUAUGAACUUAAAUAACAAUAAAUCAUUCCAGGUUUUGUGUUAGUAGGGUUUAUAUGGUGCAGUAUUACAGGUGGGGUGUAGACCACCUAGCAAAGUAGGCUGCUCUUGAAGGUUGAACCCAAACUCAAUUCACAGCAGUACUUCUACGCUCGUUCUUGAAAAUGUUAAAAACCCACAACUCAGCAGGAACACAGGGCAGCUAAGCAAAUGUUUAGAUCUCUAUGUUCACAAUACAUGUGAAAUCAUCUUUGGUUCCUAUAAGGCCUGCCUACAAGAAUGAGGGUGCUUCAUUACAAUGCAUGUGCCCUUCAGACAUGCUAAAAAGGAGCAAAUGCUCGAUUCCCUGUUCUCUCUUCAGGGAAAAAGAUCGGAAUGAACUGCCAUUUUUAUAAGGGGUCUGAACAAUAUUUAUCAUGCUUAUUCUGUUUCAAACACUGUCCUGUCAGAUGUAGAGUGAUGUGCAAAACUAUAUGAAAAUACUCUGCUUUUAGGUGGUGUAAAAUUAGAUUUUGUAACGGGGAUUAACUGGAGUGUGCUGUUGUUGUUUUUUCUCUCUCCAGAAUAUUAAACUUACAUAAAUGUUUCCUUGGCUUUAUUAGUUACACUUGAAAUACUCUGGGGGACUCUUGGCCUGUUAUAACCCAAACACUGUAAGUCAGUGAAUGAGACACAGUGACUGAAAUGUUGAACUUGACAAGUAUGCUUUAUUUUUUUAAUUACCAAAAUGUAAGAAUGAAAUAAACAGAUGAUAUAAAAUAUAUUUGAGGGUUUUUUUCUGAGUCUUUCUAAAUAUGAUUGCCUACAAUUGCUGAUAACAUAAUUUUGACUAUAAUUUCAUUCUGAUAAUGUUCAGAGCACUAAUGCUACUGCCAGAAGAUUUUUUUUAAUGUGAAAAAGAAUUGUAUUUUCACUGGCAUAAGUUAAUUGAAAGAAAAAAAUCUUUUCUUAGCCUAAUUAAGCUGGCUAUUUUCAAAUGAAAAAUAACAAAAUUAGUGGCAAAGAAAAUAUUCUUUUAGCAGUUAUGACAAGUAUUAAGCAAAACAGAUGAAGUAUGUGGUAAGAUAUUUAUUUUUUCCUUCUCUACAGCCACUUGUUAUAAUGAUGGCUGCUGCUUAGAGGUCUGCUCUCUGAUUUUAUAAGGAGAUAAUUCUACAGCAGUCUCUUGGCUUACAUAAAAAUGGUAAGGUGAGGGAUCAGAUUCCUUAUCUCUGAAGUACAUUACUAACUUGGUAAUGAUAAUUUAAAAACAGAAAUCCAAGGCCCUCUUUACUCUGGCAACUAAAAGUUUCAUGGUGUUCAGGAGGAUUCCUCCAGGUAAUCGUGGCAGCUGCUUUAAUUCUUAAUUCUGUGUUUUUUCAUAGGUACGUCAGGGGAUUUUGCUUCCCCUACUUUGUAAAAUAACUUAGAGAUCUUUCAGGAUGGGUAUGACUGUAUCAUUCUGCUAUUCAGUGUCUUGAUCAAAGGUCUGUUGAAGCUCCUAAUGACAGUAGUGGUCCUAAGAUCACACCAAGAUCUGUGGGAAUUGUGUUUAUCACAAAAAGAGGAAUCUAUCUACAAAAUGUGGCACCAUGAUUCACACAGCAGAUGUCCCCUGUUUUCAGGAACUGACCUUCGUGGCUAAUGUAGGGACUGCUACUUCCACUUUGGAAUUAAGUUGUCAGUGUCUUGUUAAGAUGUUUCUGAUGGAGUAAAUGCCAGCUUUCUGGCAUGAUUGAUGCUGAAGAACUUAAGCAACCACUGUCGUAUGAAAAGGCUGUUUGGGGGAACUGUUUUUUCACCUUUCAAUUAACAUUCACUAACCAUCAGAACUAAACGUAAGUGGCAUCAGUGUUCUGUUUAGAGGCUGAAGGAAACAAUGAGUGAGACGCUUAUCCUUCGUUAGAGCCAGCAGCUUUUGUGACUUAAUUAAAAUAUGGCAUUAAUUUCAAAACCAUUCAUUAAAUCAUUAUGAUGAAAUGAUGAUAGGCGCCAAAAUUUUGCUUGUUCAUUCUAACAGUUUAUUUUGGGAAACUCAGUCUAACAGGAUAAACCUUGAAUAUACAGAUUAAUGCAGGGGAGGAAAUUUUACGAUGUCUGUUAGUUAAUACAGAAGCCAAUCUUAUUAAUCAUGGAUUUACAGAGGGCUGUUUUAUUAGAUGUUAACCAUAGCUUAUGUUGACAAUUGAUUUUCAUUGUAGGACAACUGAAUUUAUUAUUUGUAAUAAGAUAAAGAUAAUUAAAUUGACUUUGUAAAGGUUACUAUCAUAAAUGUUGGUAGUACCUGUGAAUAGCAAACAUAGAACUGCUUUAGCAGCGAAAAUUCAGUUAAGUGAUAGGGGCUUUUUUUCCAUUGCAUUUAAUUGUCUCUGAAUAUUUUUAGCGUGCAGUUCAUUUUCCAGCCUUUCAUUUUGUUUUUUAAUGCUGUGAGAAAACUGUCUGUGUUGAAACCUCACUUCUAGUUCAUUUUCUUUAAAAUAAAUCGGGGACAAAACAUUUUAAAAGUUACAGAAGUAAAGCAAAAUACAGAAUAUAAAUGUUAUGCCGCAAAGUCUUGUUCUGUGUCUUCUCCACUUUGUCAGCAAGUUAUUCACAAUGUGUUGAAACAGGUCUGAGAUCUACAAUUAAAUCUGACUUUCAGGUGUUUUUCCUUUUUUUCUAAUAUUAAAAAGCGUAAUUAUUAAGGAGGAGAAUUUAGGCCUUGCAAAAAAAUAAGGCUGUUCAGAAGUUAUGUAAUCUUUUAAAGUUGUAUUGGCUUCAUGAUGUGUAUUUCCCCACCCUGCAAUGUCAUCCAUAUAUCUGGGUACAAUCUUCUGAAAACGUGGAGGAAUUCUGAGGAUGUUGAGCCCUAGGGAAAGCAGCUGAAGUAAUAUCGUCAAACCAACAGCAGCAGAAUCAUGGAGUCAUAGAAUAUCCUGAGUUGGAAGGGGCCUACAGGGAUCGUUGAAUUCAGCUCCUGGCUCCACACAGAAGUACCUUCUGAAGAUUUGACAGUGUGGAACUUAUGCAGUACAAAGGUAAGUACUAUCAAAAUAUUUAUAACGUGCUUUUACCAUAAUAUUAUUCUUUGGUUUCUAGCUCAAAUUUGCCAUAACUCUACAGACUUGAAACUCAUCAUGUCUUCUUUGUUAUUUUGAAUCUGAAAGUAGAGAGGUAAGAAGACUGUUGUGUAAGCACAGAUGUUUGAUAUGGUCUUUAGGGGGUUUCAGAAGGAGGGCGCUGUUGAUGUUCUUCAAUGAAAUACACUUGCCUGGAUCUUUGUAGUAGUAGAGCUAACUGUGAUUAGUUCUUCUGUGGUUCAUCCAUUGGUGGAAAGAAGUCGUAGCUAUAUGGCUGAAUAUGGAGGAGGUGAGCAACACAUCACAAGAAGUACAGCUUACCAGGGAAGUUAGGCUGCUGGUUGCUGGGCUGCAACAUAGGUGCUAAUCACUUGUUUCAUUUCUAUUUAGUUCAGGAAAAAAAAACAAUGAAACUCUUUGUAGCUUUGUAACUGAUGGCCGGUUAGUUGUCCCAUGGCUUUGUUACUGAUGCUGCUUUC